CAGCCCCGUCUCCUCCUCCUGCUCCCUCUCGGCCGGGCGGCGGUGACUGUGCACGGAGAUCGGAGCGGGCAGCGCAGCCGUGCCCGCCCCGCCAGCAUGGCCACCACCGCCCCCUGCACCCGCUUCACCGACGACUACCAGCUCUACGAGGAGCUCGGCAAGGGCGCCUUCUCUGUGGUCCGAAGAUGUGUUAAGAAAACCUCCACUCAGGAGUAUGCAGCAAAAAUUAUUAACACCAAGAAACUAUCAGCCCGAGAUCACCAGAAGUUAGAACGGGAGGCCCGAAUAUGCCGGCUCUUGAAACACCCAAACAUUGUGCGCCUCCAUGACAGUAUUUCUGAAGAAGGUUUCCACUACCUCGUCUUUGACCUCGUUACCGGCGGGGAGCUGUUUGAAGACAUUGUAGCCAGAGAGUACUACAGUGAAGCCGAUGCCAGCCACUGUAUUCAUCAGAUCCUAGAGAGCGUCAACCACAUCCACCAGCAUGACAUCGUGCAUCGUGACCUCAAGCCCGAGAACCUUCUGCUGGCGAGUAAAUGCAAGGGUGCUGCUGUCAAACUGGCUGACUUUGGACUGGCCAUUGAGGUGCAGGGAGAUCAGCAGGCUUGGUUCGGCUUUGCUGGAACACCAGGGUAUCUGUCCCCUGAAGUCUUGAGAAAAGAUCCCUAUGGAAAACCUGUGGAUAUCUGGGCCUGUGGUGUGAUCUUGUACAUACUUCUGGUGGGAUACCCUCCCUUCUGGGAUGAGGAUCAGCACAAACUGUAUCAGCAGAUCAAAGCUGGAGCCUAUGACUUUCCGUCGCCAGAGUGGGACACUGUGACUCCCGAAGCCAAGAAUUUAAUCAACCAGAUGCUGACGAUAAACCCUGCCAAGCGUAUCACAGCUGACCAAGCACUGAAGCACCCGUGGGUCUGCCAACGCUCUACAGUGGCCUCCAUGAUGCACCGGCAGGAGACUGUGGAAUGCUUGCGAAAGUUCAAUGCCCGGAGAAAGCUGAAGGGUGCCAUCCUCACAACAAUGUUGGUUUCCAGGAAUUUUUCAGUUGGCAGGCAGAGCUCCGCCCCCGCCUUGGCCGCCGUGAGCGCCGCCGGCCUGGCCGGGCAAGCUGCCAAAAGCCUCUUGAACAAGAAGUCAGAUGGAGGUGUGAAGAAAAGGAAGUCGAGUUCCAGCGUGCACCUGAUGAGCAACAACAAAAACAGUCUCGUAAGCCCAGUCCAAGAGCCUGCGCCAUUGCAGACAGCCAUGGUACCUCCUGACUCCGGCUUCUCAUCCGCCUCUGCCUCCCCUCCCCCCUCCUGCCUCCCCCAUGGGGAACCCCAAACCACCGUGGUACACAAUGCAACAGACGGGAUCAAGGGCUCCACAGAAAGCUGUAAUACGACCACUGAAGAUGAAGAUCUCAAAGCUGCCCAGCUCCGCACUGGGGAUCGCAGCAGCUUGGGGUCUGAUGGACGGAGCCCCCGGGACAGAACAGCCCCCUCAGCAGGCAUGCAGCCCCAGCCUUCUCUCGGCUCCUCAGCCACCGCUGGCUCCUGUGAGGAAAGGCUUAUGGCCUGGGACGGGCCAGGGCUGCCAUCAGGGCUAGCACGUGCUCAGUCCGAGCCCUCCCUCCCUCUGGUGGCGCCUUUCGCUCUCAGUGGCGCUCGGUUUCGAAAACAAGAGAUCAUUAAGAUCACGGAGCAGCUGAUUGAAGCCAUCAACAAUGGGGAUUUUGAUGCCUACACGAAGAUCUGCGAUCCGGGUCUUACCUCCUUCGAGCCUGAGGCACUCGGCAACCUGGUGGAGGGGAUGGACUUCCAUAAAUUUUACUUUGAGAAUCCCCAGUCCUGCUCUGAUGCCAUCACUCAUCCAUCUCCAUAUCAGUUUCCAUCCCCGUCCCCAGUAUUCCAGCUGUGCAAAGUCCUGUCUAAGAACAGCAAGCCCAUCCACACCACCAUCCUGAACCCCCACGUGCACGUCAUUGGCGAGGACGCGGCCUGCAUCGCCUACAUCCGCCUUACCCAGUACAUCGACGGCCAGGGCCGGCCUCGCACCAGCCAGUCUGAGGAGACCAGGGUCUGGCACCGCCGGGAUGGCAAGUGGCUCAACGUGCACUACCACUGCUCGGGGGCCCCCGCUGCCCCGCUGCAGUGAGCUCCCAAGCAGCGGUGUUAGGAGAUUCCCAGCCAGAGGUCAAACCUUCGAAGCCAGCGGCUCUGGAGGGCCUGAGUGACAGCAGCAGUCAUGUUCGUUUGAGGUUUAAAAACAAUUAAAAUUACAAAGCGGCAGCAACCAAUGCACGCCCCUGCAUGCAGCCCGCCCGCCCGUCGUGUCUGUCUCUGCUGUACCGAGGUGUUUUUUACAUUUAAAAAAAAAAAAAAGAAAAAGAAAAAAAAGAUUGUUUAAAAAAAAAAAAAAAGGAAUCCAUACCGCUGAUCAUGUUUUAAACCAUCUGCAGCCCCGCCUGGGCUGGUGAGAGGAUGGGAGUUUGAGCAGCAGGCUCGUCUACCUGGCAGUGAGUGCGCCCGGUUUUGCAGCCCUCAUGGACUCUGGGGGGGCCAGGCAGGAACUCUUGACACUGACCCUGCUGGAGGCCACAAAAGCAACUGUGCGGGGUCCCCCGGAUCUCUGCAGCCUCCGAGGUGGCUUGCCCAGCCUUGGGUCCUGGGAAUGGACUUGUCCAGAGUCUGCAGGGGAGCCCGGAAGGAGGGCCAGAGCAGCAACAGGUCGUGAGAAGGCUGAUGCUUGGAGCGCCUUUUCCCUUCCCUGCUGGGGGGGAGGAUGGAGAUGGCACGGUCCCAGGCAGCUACCGCGGCAAGGCAGCGCUGAGGCGUGGCUCCGAGACGGAGGAGGCUCGUGGCUGGGAUUGUACUGUACUGUUCCACUUAGCGUAGAUGGGAGACUUGGUGCUGCAGAAACUCGCCCACUAGGAAGCAGGCAGAAACCCGAUGUUAGUCUGACACGUACUCCCCUCAUCCAUCCGUUUCUCCUGGAUACACGACCGAGCGUGGGUCCGGGGAGCGAGGCCUGGGCCCCCGGGGAGGGGCAGGGGCUGCUGCUUUGCUUGUUUGUUCUCGUGUGACUCGGCCUGGACGGAGCCAGGCCCCGGGUGGCGGGGCCUGCCACUCCCGCUGUAGCCUGGGCACUUUGUUUCCGUGCUGAUUUCAGUCGUCUUUGUCUUGCUCCCCCCCCACACCCCCCAGUUGAUGGCCCCAAUUCCAAAUCUCACCUGGGCCUGGGGCCACUGUGGAGUGAGUGCCCUAGUAGGAAUGGGAGAGGUGGGACCGUCCCUCUCAUUUUCUCCCCGGCGUUGGCUUGUCUGAAUCUUGGUAGGUGUCCCUAUUUCAAGAGGCCUCUCUGCUGACCAACAGAGGCUCAGAAUUGCUGCUGGAGAGUCUGCAUGGGCCUUCACCUUCCUCUACCCUGCAUGCACCCCAAAAAAGGAGGUGCCCAGGGCCACGGCUCCCCUUCAAUCAGUUUUCCUUCCUGUUCCCAGGGGGUUCUGUUGCCACAAGGGAGGGAGGCAGGAAGAAGGAAAGGUGCUUGAGGGCAGCUUGGCCAUAGGCCAGGGUCCCCUGCACCUUUGCAGAGAGGGUGGGCAGGCCCCAGGUCCCCAGAGUGCCUUCAGAGCAUGAAGCUAGAGCGAGGAGGGGCCGGUGUGCGAUCUUCGGUGGGUCGUCUCGGUGGAGCCCCGUGUGCAUGCCCACCCCCUGGGCCCAGGCCCCUCUCCUGCCCCGUACUCUGCAUCGCCAGCACGCAGACAACUUCACAACAUGGUUUGGUUUUGCAGUCUUUUGAGACAAAUGGUCUUUGAAACCCAUAGCUUGAUAUCGGCUGCUCGAGCCCCACCUCUCCUUAGCAUUCUUACUCUCUCCCGGGGCUAACGUCAGCAUCUAUAGAAUUUAGAUUAUUAAAAAAAAUCACCUUUUAAACAGGAAAUGGAAGGCAUUUGAUGCAGAAUUUUUGCAUGAUGACAUAGAAAUAAUUUAAAAACUAGCUAGUGUUUGUUCUGAAUGUUGGUAGACCCUUCAUAGCUUUGUUACAACGAAACCUUGAACUGAAGAUAUUUAAUAAAAUAACAUUUAAACGGUC